CAUAUGCAUUUAGAAGAAGGUUGAUAAAUCAGUGCUUGUUAUAUAAACUAGUUCAAUGGAGUUUUUUUUAUUUGUUUAAUAUGAAGAUUCUAAUUGUUUUAGUCAUUCUAUUUGGCAUAGCCCGUACUGAUGAUAAUAUAUUCAAAGACUUCUGGCGAGCCGUGGACGAAUGCGAGGCCGGACCUGGAGGUGCAAAUGAGGUAAAAUUCCCGGUGGACCAACAAAAAUCAGGAGCAGCAGUAUCCUGCGUUAUGAUUAAAAGCGGACUCGUCACUGAAAAUGGGGACCCAGUGGCAAGUAAUAUUAGAAAAAUGUUUGCAGGCGUAAGAGAUGAACAAGAAAUUGACACAUUGCUCCAGAAAUGCACCAAAAACGGAAAUACACCUGAAGAGGCAGCUGUAAAUAUGUUUAAGUGUUUGCAAAUAAAAAAGUCUUAACUGAUUAUUUUAAAAUAAACCUAUUUUAGCAGUA